AUGCCUGCACUGACCUAUAGGCAGAAAACAGGAGCGGAGCAGGGAGGUUCUUCGCCCUUGAGGCGGAGGUGGUUGGUCCUUCAGGCGGAGGUGCAUCGUCCUUCCGGCGGAGCUGCUUCGUCCUUCGGCGGAGCGUGGCCGUCUGGCAGGAGGUGCAUCGUCCUUCCGGCGGAGGUGCUUGAUCCUUUAGGCGGAGGUGCUCGUCCUUUAGACGGAGGUGCAUCGUCCUUCCGGCGGAGGUGCUUGUCUUUAGGCGGUGCAUCGUCCUUUAGACGAGGUGCUCGUCCUUUCCGCGCGAGGUGCAUCGUCGUUCCGGCGGUGGGUGUUGCUCCUUUAGACGUGAUCGUCCUUCCGGCGGAGGUGCUUGAUCCUUUAGGCGAAGGGCAUCGUCUUCAGGCGGUGGGGCGCGCGCUUCAAGCGUCACGCGGAGAGCGCGCUGCGCAGGGCGGGAGGCGGGCGAGGUCGGCGGGGGCAGUGGCCGUGGCGUCGCGCGCCCGCCUCCGCCCGGCGCUCUGCGCUCCCGCGGCCGCCGCUACGUGCAGCGGGCUCGGGCACGCGCACGCACUCGGCGCCGCCGCCCUCGGCCGCGUCGUGCAGCGGCGUGCUCCCGUCCACGCGCCUGCGCACGCACAAGCAUCUGUGGCGGCGAUGGUGUAA